UGGCGAGGCAGGGAGUCGGGCUGGCGGCUGGCUGAAGGGAGCCUGGGCGCGAGGGGCAGGAGGGAAGCGGCGGCGGCAGCGGCUGGGGGAACUACGGGAGCCUCUCCCGACUGCAGCAGGUCCCCUCCUCCUCCUCCUCCUCUCGCCUCGUACCUGUUCCCCCGGCUCCUCUCGCCGCGCCGCCUCUCUCCCCGCUGCAAUGGGCUGUCGGCGAGGCAGGAUGCUGUGAGCUCCAUGUGAGGAGGACGCGAGAGAGACGGAUGCAAUGAUUGGAAAGAUCUUCAGCCUGGAGAAGUCAUUUUAAGGAAUUCGUUGCCUUUUGGAAGAAUGCUGUGAAGCAGCUUGCCAACAACAGCAACUGGAAAUAGAGGUUGAAUAACCCACUUAAGUGUGAUUAAUUUCGUAUUAAGUAGUACCUCACAUUAAAAUAAAAAUGUAUGGAAGUGCAAGAACAAUCAGUAACUUGGAAGGCAGUCCUGCCAGAUCCCCUCGCUUGCCAAGAUCUCCUCGGCUGGGCCAUAGGCGAACAAGUAGUGGAGGAGGUGGAGGGACAGGUAAGACGUUAUCAAUGGAGAAUAUCCAGUCACUUAAUGCCGCCUAUGCAACAUCCGGACCAAUGUACCUGAGUGACCAUGAAGGUGUGGCGUCCACUACUUUCCCCAAGGGCACAAUGACUCUUGGAAGGGCUACAAAUCGAGCUGUGUACGGUGGUCGAGUGACAGCUAUGGGGAGCAGUCCUAAUAUUGCUUCCGCUGGCCUUUCCCACUCCGACCUUCUUUCUUACACUGAUCAGCAUGGGGGGCUGACCACUUCUGCACAUCACCAUCACCACCAGAUACCUUCUAUGUUGAGACAGGUAAGGGAUAGCACCAUGCUAGAUCUACAAGCUCAGCUUAAGGAGUUGCAGAGAGAGAAUGACUUGCUGAGGAAAGAACUGGACAUUAAAGAUAGCAAGCUUGGCUCUUCCAUGAAUAGCAUCAAGACCUUCUGGAGCCCUGAGCUCAAAAAGGAAAGAGUGCUGCGGAAAGAAGAAGCGGCCAGAAUGUCCGUUCUGAAAGAGCAGAUGAGGGUUUCUCAUGAGGAGAACCAGCACCUUCAGCUAACUAUUCAGGCACUCCAAGAUGAGCUUCGGACCCAGAGAGACCUUAACCAUCUCCUUCAACAAGAAAGUGGAAACCGUGGUGCUGAGCAUUUCACCAUUGAGCUUACGGAGGAGAACUUUCGGAGGCUUCAAGCUGAGCACGACAGGCAGGCGAAAGAGCUGUUUCUCUUGAGGAAAACCUUGGAAGAAAUGGAGCUGAGAAUUGAAACCCAGAAACAGACCCUGAAUGCCAGAGAUGAAUCCAUCAAAAAGCUCUUAGAAAUGUUGCAGAGCAAAGGCUUGCCGUCCAAAGGGAUGGACGAUGACAACGAACGGACGCGAAGGAUGGCUGAGGCUGAAUCUCAGGUUAAUCAUUUAGAGGUGAUUUUAGACCAGAAAGAGAAGGAGAACAUCCAUCUUAGAGAGGAACUGCACAGAAGGACCCAGCUUCAGCCUGAGCCAGCGAAGACGAAAGCUCUUCAGACCGUCAUAGAAAUGAAGGACACAAAAAUAGCUUCACUAGAACGUAAUAUCAGAGACCUUGAAGAUGAAAUACAGAUGUUGAAGACUAAUGGAGUUCUGAACACAGAAGAUCGAGAAGAAGAAAUCAAACAAAUAGAAGUUUACAAGAGUCACUCAAAGUUCAUGAAAAACAAGAUUGACCAGUUGAAGCAGGAGCUUUCAAAGAAAGAAUCAGAACUUCUUGCCUUACAAACUAAGCUUGAAACCCUUAGCAAUCAGAAUUCAGAUUGCAAGCAACACAUUGAAGUGCUUAAAGAGUCACUUACUGCCAAAGAACAGAGAGCUGCCAUACUUCAGACAGAGGUUGAUGCCUUGAGAUUACGUUUAGAAGAAAAAGAAAGUUUUCUUAAUAAAAAAACCAAACAACUGCAAGACCUCACAGAAGAAAAGGGAACUCUGGCUGGAGAAAUUCGAGAUAUGAAAGACAUGUUAGAAGUCAAAGAAAGAAAAAUCAAUGUUCUUCAAAAAAAGAUUGAAAAUCUUCAGGAGCAACUUAGGGAUAAAGACAAACAGCUAACCAAUUUGAAAGACAGAGUGAAGUCGUUGCAGACUGAUUCCAGUAACACAGACACGGCUCUAGCAACAUUGGAAGAAGCUCUAUCAGAGAAGGAGAGAAUUAUAGAGCGAUUAAAGGAGCAGAGGGAAAGAGAUGACCGUGAAAGGAUUGAAGAAAUUGAAUCCUUUAAAAAAGAAAACAAAGACCUGAAGGAAAAAGUUAAUGCUUUGCAAGCAGAGCUAACAGAAAAAGAGUCUAGCUUAAUUGACCUCAAAGAACAUGCAUCGUCAUUGGCUUCGGCUGGACUGAAAAGAGACUCCAAGUUAAAGUCUUUAGAAAUAGCCAUAGAGCAAAAGAAGGAGGAGUGUAGUAAGCUAGAAGCACAACUGAAAAAGGCUCAUGAAGCUGAGGAGGAGGCCCGAAUGAACCCUGAAUUUGCUGACAGGAUGAAACAGCUUGACAAAGAGGCAGCCUACUAUAGAGACGAAUGUGGCAAAGCUCAAGCUGAGGUUGACAGACUUCUAGAAAUCCUCAAGGAAGUAGAGAAUGAAAAAAAUGACAAAGAUAAGAAAAUUGCUGAAUUAGAAAGCUUGACUUCCAGACAUAUGAAGGACCAAAACAAGAAGGUGGCAAACCUGAAGCACAAUCAACAAAUGGAAAAGAAGAAGAAUGCCCAGUUGCUAGAAGAAGUUCGUAGACGUGAAGAUAAUAUGACAGACAACUCUCAGCAUUUGCAGUUAGAAGAACUAAGGAAUGCCCUGGAUAAGACCAGACAAGAACUGGAUGCUACCAAAGCACGGCUUGCCUCAACGCAACAGUCUCUGGGUGAGAAAGAAGCACAUCUAGCCAAUUUAAGAAUAGAACGGAGAAAACAGUUAGAAGAGAUACUGGAAAUGAAACAGGAAGCACUCCUUGCUGCCAUCAGUGAAAAAGAUGCAAAUAUUGCCUUGCUUGAACUGUCUGCUUCAAAGAAAAAGAAAACUCAAGAAGAAGUGAUGGCUUUGAAAAGAGAAAAAGACAGAUUAGUCCAUCAGUUAAAACAACAGACGCAGAACAGGAUGAAGCUGAUGGCAGACAACUAUGAUGAUGACCAUCACCACUACCACCACCAUCACCACCACCACCAUCACAGAUCUCCUGGGAGGACACAGCACUCCAACCACAGACCCUCUCCAGAACAGAUGAUCCAGUCACUGUUGGAGGCACAUUGCCACAGCAAAAUCUCAUGCUGUACAUUGAUCACCUGUCCAACCUUUGCCUAGAGUGUGAUCCCCAGUUCCUUCAAGAGAUCCAACUUUACCUGUCUAUAAAGAAGAUGAGGAGGGAGACAUCUGGGAUAACCAAGCAUCAGAGCAUUAACACCAGAGCAGUUAUCAAGAGGAGCUGGAGAAAGAAGCAAACGCAAGGCAGCACUGCAGGACAAUGAGAGACGAGAGAGAAGAGGAUGAUUUGCUGCAGUGGGGAUCUGAAUGCAGUCACCACUCUUGGAGCUCCACCCCCAAAAGAUCACAGAAGUGGGCGGGGCACAUGAAGGUUGCCAUCAAACAAUAAGCUGCACAAACGGGUGUCCUUCUCCAUUAUUUCUUGUAAUACGUUACGAAGUCAGAUACUUUGGAAAACAAUUAAGGGGACUUGAUUGGGAAUUAGAAGAACUUCAUUUCCUUUAACGGGGUCGUAUGAAUUAUUCCAGAAAUAUUUUUUUAAAAAAGAAAACUGAGUUACCAUCUGUUCUGAACAUUACUAAAUGAAGUUAAUUAAAGUGGGAUCUUUAAUUUGACAGAUUUGUAUUAAUUUUAAUCUGUAGUUGAGGUUCCAUUAGCUGCAGUAUCGUUGUCUGCUGUUUCUGGUUAGUUUCUUCUAAAGUAUCACUUCUAAAGCACUAGAUUAUUACAGGGACUAGCAAGCUGUUUCAUAAUGGUGUCGGCAUUAGUCAUACCCCCAGUAACGUGGGCUUUUCAGGGUAAUAAAAACAAAGUCUUUGCCCUCCUCUGUUUCUUUACUGUUACUCAAGCCAUUUUGAUAAUGCAACCAAUAUUAAGCUCUGGGCCAGGUUGGAAAUGAAAUCAAUUUUUACUACUAAUAUCUGUUGGCGUAUGAAAAUAUGGUGUGUGUCUCUGACAAUGCAUGGGGCAUCUAACAGUGCAAUCCUAUACAUAUCUAGUCAGAAGUAAGUCCCAUAGAGUUCAGUGGGGCUUACUCCCAGGUAACUGUGUAGGACUGCAGCCUAAAACGAUUAGCAAUUAUUUGUAUACAGUGGUUGAUGUAUGUCUGGAAGAUAAAAGCUUGACGCAAGAAUCUAUACUUGUAUACGAGCGUCUAUGAAGAUGCAUCAAACUUUUAUCAUCCAGAUGCACAACAGUAUUUAAUAUAAAAGCUGGGACUCUUGAUUUUUUUUCUAAUUCAAAAGAAUGUUGUGAUUAUUAAAUAUAUGCAUUGGGUCUCCUUUAUGGUAAGGGACCCUUCCUCAUUGUUUUCUGAACAGGGAAACAAUACGUACCAUGGUUUAUAAUGUAUUUUAGAUGUUAAACAAAGAAGCAUCGAUGAACGAAUAGAUAAUUGAAAAUUAUCUCUAUCAUCCAGCAAAAUAUAAUAAAUGUGAACAUGUUAAAAACACAUGCCAGGGGAAUAGACAGGUGUGUGGGGAGAGCCCUGGAGCUAUUAUGUAUAGUGACAGACUAUUAUUGAUGUUGAACUAUCUGCUGUUUCCCCAAAGUAAGGGUCUUCCCUUAGUGAGCAUUUUCGUUCCAUCUGGCAUACGUGCUCAUAACAAGAGCUCAGUCCUGUGACUGGCAUAUCUUUUUGUCAGUGAGAGGGGCACUUACAGGCUUGUAAGUGGAUAUUGACUUAUCUGCACUUCUUAGAAGCAAACAACAUGUGCAAUCCACCAGACACCUUCUGUUAUGAAACCUCCAUUCAUUUUAAUAAGAUGUGAGCUGGGCUUUGUUGAAAUGAAUGGAUGUCGUGGAGCAGAAAUGCUAGGUGGAUUGGCCUUCCCCCAUAAAAUUAAACAUGUGUGGCCUUAAUUCUUGGUACUUUCUUUCUUUCUUUCUUUCUUUCUUUCUUUCUUUCUUUCUUUCGUUCUUUCUUUGCUGCUGUGGAAAAAAACAGUUUUUGAACAGGAUAUUCAUAAAAUCUUGCACUUAAUUUAGAAAUAUAUCAUUAUUUUUGAAUGGUUGGUGCAAUUAAUCUUGAUCAUCCAGUAUGAGCCAUACAUAUGAACCCCCUGGAAAUUAUUAUUUCCCUAGAAAAGAGUAAUUUAUUAGUUGGUUGCACCAUCGUUCUCGAUGAAAUUGAAGAGCCAGUGAAUGCAAGCAGAAUUUCUGCUCAAUGUUAAUUCAAUUCAAUACAUGGAAUAAUAAAUCUGUAUAAAAUAUGUAUAGCAUAGAUUAUCCAUAUUCAUUUAUAUUUUAAAAGUUUGUCCUUUGACUUUCAAUGGGGUUUUGAACCUUGGGUUUGUUUGUUUGAUUGUUUUGUUUGUUUGUUCAUUUUAAAAUGGAAAGCUCCUGGGAGUUUCUUUAGCACAUAUGACAAAUGUUGCACUUGUGAACUUGGACAACAAAACGUGUUACUUUUGACAAAGUUGUUGUCCUAGUAAGGGAUGGCUGUCUGGGCACAGUCCACUGGGAUGUUCUUUUGCACAAUCUCCAUUGAACUGAAAGGAGGAAGACUAGGAUAUGAGCUGUUGCAGAGCUCCCAUUCUUUCCAUCGGGGCUUGUGCAAGAGAGCUUUGCGGAAGAUUGUGCCUUCUGUGUCUCUUACAGUCAGGUCUUUACCUUAAUUCUGCAACUGAAUACUUGAAGUAGGAAAUAAACUAGGGAAACAUAGGGUCCUUAAAAACAAAACUGUAUAGUUAGAUAUUUAUAUGUAUGUGCCAAUUUUGUCACAGAUAUUAUUUUGGGGGCAUUUUUGUUUUAUUUUUGCUCCUUUCAUGUUGGUAAGAGCAUUGAACCUAACUUUUAUCAAAGCCUAAGACUUAGCCUCUACAGAAGAAAAUUUUGUCUAACAUUGCUUUUUCCCAUUUCACAUGAUAUAUACUAUGAUGUUUGGCGGGGGAAUCUUUUCAUACACUAAAAUAGAAUCUCGGGGUUUACAAUAAACACUGUGAUGUUGGGCAAACAUUUUAUUCGAGCAAUGUUUGGUAGAUUUCUUCCCCCUUGAAAUGUAAAAAAGUCAAACAAGCCUUUUGGUUAACAUUUAAGAUGAGUAUUAUUUUACUGUGGGAUCAAACUUGUACUGCACAUUCUUUCAUUUAAAUGUACAGAAUGAAUUUUGUAUUUAAAUGAAUUUUGUGUAUCCAGUAUGCACGUAAAUGCACAUUGACUUUCAUUUGAAAGUGGGUUUCAAUUUCCUUUUUAAACAGUGUUUAUGAAAAGAUUUCAGAUGUGUCACAACCUAUACCUGCAUUUUCCUUUGGUGUAGAGUGAUUGUUUGAAUGUGAUGUUCUGCAACAAUGGGUCAGCAUUCCCUAUUUACCUUUGACCCUCAUUUGAUAGUGCUUCUUGUAAUAAUUUUCUCCAAGUGAGUGGCAUGUUCUGGAUUGUGAUCUUGACAUGUGAUUAAGGACAUUGAUAUGAAACUAAGGAAUCCUUAGAAAUUACCAGUGGGCAUGUUUUAGAACAGUCAUUGUAAUUUUAAUGUCUCGUAGAAGUGUAAAGUACCAAGGUAUUUAGAAUUCAUAACAUUGUUAUCAUGUGUAUGAGAAGUGCUUGGUGUUGAUCAGCUCGUUUAUAUUCAUCAAAUAA